AUGUCUACGAACCAAGAACCAGGCAUCUCCAGAACAGGAAGAUUUCCAGUGGGAUCUUCAGAUCAGGUCCCUGGUACUCAUGGAGUGGAUUUCCUUGAUCUAAAUGAGGUUCCUUUUGAUAUUAAUGAGGAACCUGGUAUCUUACCUCCCAAUUAUUUUACACAACUGUUGGAUGAGGCAAUUGACGAGUCACCACAGCCACCUGUGAACACUCACGCCCCGGUUGUUAAUGUAGAACCUGCUGCAACAAAUACAUACACAGGUCCUCUUGUUGCUACUACAGACACUACUACAAUAGCACAAGAUGGAAAUGAGGAUGAGGCUUCGUCCCAGCCAAAUGACCCCCAUGUUGGCAUGCGCUAUGAUACGUUGGAGGGUGCUAAGGAGCACUACAAUGCACAUGCUGCAAGGAAAGGUUUCUCUGUGAAAGUAAAUAGUAACAGGAGGUCUACAAUCACCGGAGAGAAACAGAAACAGCAGUUCACUUGCAACAAAUUCAGGAGACCAAGGAAAGAUGAUGGUGGGGUUGAGUUGCAAGUUGAUGUUGGGCCAAUUCCUGAUUCUGUGUCUGAAGAUGAGGCUAAUAUUGAAAAUGCAGAGCUUGCUUCCGUUGUGGCUGAUCUUGCUGCUCAAGGGCGAAAAGAAAAGGCGCCCAAGAAGCGUAAAAGAGAAAAUAUUGUGCACACGUUUUGCAAGGCCCAGAUGGUUGUGAAGUUAAUUGAUGGAAGAUGGGAGGUUAUCCACUUUGUGCCUGAGCAUAACCAUCCGCUUAUCCACAAACCGUCUCUCACAAAAUAUCUGAGGUCACACCAAGGCAUGCCAAAGGAGGAAAAGGAAUUUGUGAAGAAUCUUCACAAUACAAAUUUGACAGCUGGGAAAAUGAUGGAAAUCAUGUCAGAAUUUUAUGGUUCAGAGUUGCUUGUGCCAUACACAACCAAAACAAUCACCAACUACUGUGCAACUCUGACUAGAGAAGAAACAAAAGAUGGGGAUCUGGCUAAAGUUGUGAGCUACUUUGUAGAGCUUAAAGAAGAAAAGGAUCCAGACUUUUAUUUCCGGUUAAAAUUGGACGACAAAGACAAGGUAGAAAACAUUUUCUGGGUUGAUGGAGCUGCCUGGAAGGCAUAUGCGGAGGCUUACCAUGACUGUGUCUCCUUUGAUGCAACUUACUUGACCAAUAAGUACAGUAUGCCUUUUGCACCAUUCAUUGGGAUAAAUAAACAUGGGCAGUCCAUCAUGCUGGGUUGUGGAUUUGUUAAGCAAGAAUUGGCACAAAGCUAUGAUUGGUUGUUUGAGAGUUUCCUUAUUGCCAUGAAUGGUCUUGCCCCGGACAAUAUUAUCACAGACCAAGAUGGUGCUAUGGCGGUCUCGAUUGGCAGAUUGUUCCCAUCCUCUGUUCACCGUAAUUGUCGCUGGCACAUAAUGCAGAACGCACAGUUGAAAUGUGGCCCUACACUGGGCAGGAACCCUGGUUUAGCUGAAGAUUUCAAUGAUUGCAUCGAUUUCAGCUUUUCACCAGAGGAGUUUGAGGCAAAAUGGGCUCUGUUUGUAGGAAAGUGGCCAGUUGUUGGUGGUGCAAAUUCUUACUUUACGACUCUCUAUGCUAAUCGUGCUAAGUGGGUACCAUGCUACUUCAAGCACAGAUUCUUCCCAUUCCUGCAGUCCACGCAACGAAGUGAGGGCUUUAAUGCCAUUCUCAAACGCUAUACGAACCCAAAAAAGUCUAUAUUACACUUUGUAAAACAGUAUGAGAAGUUGCAGACUCAUGUACUUGUGAAAGAAGGGGGUAAUGAUUACAGGACGGAUUGUUUGGAACUUCGUCCAUGGUCACCAUUUCCUGUUGAGGAACAUGCUUUCAAAGUUUACUGCAGAGACAUAUACUUGAGGUUCCGGAACGAGUUUGAGCUGAUUGGGAGGUACAAUGUGUUACCAUUUGGUUGCAACUUUUAUAAGCUUGAGCCAAACAGGGGAUGGUGCGCAAAAUAUGGUACUAGGACCUACCUGGUAACAGCUAAUAAGGAAGAAGGGACGUACUACUGUGAGUGCUCCAAGAUGGACAGGGAUGGUAUACUUUGUUGCCACAUCUUAAAGAUCUUCACCCACCUUGGUGUUGAUGAGAUACCAGAUAGCCCGGAUGUUAUGCCUCCAGAAUCACAAGUGCAAUUGCGGCACGCGAACCUUAAUAUGGGAUUCACAAAACUUGCCCGUAUUGCUAGUAGAACAGAUGCAACUACUGCCAUUGUUAACAAACAUUUGAGAGCUGCAGCAACAGAGAUAUCUCACUUGAACAAGUCGCUCAAGAAGAAGAAGCCUGUCUCAGCAGUCCCGUCCACUAGUGCACCUGAUCAGCCUACGAAACCUAGGGACCCGGCAAAAACAACGACUAAAGGGAGGACUAAGGAGCACCGUACAGUUUCAGCUCUUGAGUUGCAUCCAAAGAAAAAAGUUCAGUGUCACACUUGUGGUUCGUUCGAGCACAAUUCUGCAACUUGCAAGCAGAGGUUUCUGUAG